AUGCCAUCCAACCAGUCUCCAAUUGAUCCAAACUGGCCCCCUGGAACUGUCAGGAUUGAAGAUUUGUCGGAACAAGGAGAAAAUACUGAAGUCGUGCUGCAUCCCAAGCCUACCACAGACCCCAAUGAUCCACUGAAUUGGCCGCUAUGGCGCAAGAACCUGAAUUUCGCACUCGUCUCUUAUUACGUCGUGAUGGUCCUCGCUCUAAUCGACGUCGCAACCGUGACAUGGGGCCCACUCAAUUUAGAGCUAGGCUUCAGCUAUGCUCUGCUGACCGACAGUUACGCAGCAGGGUGUGGAUCUCUGUGUAUCGGAGGCCUCUUUCUAGUACCAUUCGCCCUCAAAUACGGCCGACGCCCGAUUUACGUGUUCAGUACCGCCAUCCAGUGCGGCAUCAGCGUUUGGUCCGCGAAUAUGCAGACGGUCGCUGAUCUCAUGUUGGUCAACGUGUUGAGCUGCAUCGUUGGAGCAUUGGCAGAGGUUUUGGUACAGAUGACCGUCGCUGAUGUGUAUUUCGUUCACCAGCGAGGUCUCACCAACACCAUAUACUUCUGGUUCAUGACGAUCGGAGUGACCCUGGCGCCCCUGGCAGGCGGUUUCAUCACGCAGUCUCAAGGAUGGCGGUGGGUUUGGCGGUGGAUGGCUAUACUGUUUGGCGCAGGGCUGGCUGUAUUUGUUUUCUUCUAUGAGGAGACCAUAUAUGACGCCUCGGCCAUCGAAGGCGUGCCCGUGGCAGACAAGCUAGAUCUCAGUCCACAAGUUAAGAAAGAAGACAUCGAAACACCCGCUGCUCAAAAGUCUGAUGCAACACUGGCAGCUCAGCUACCCAACGAGCCUUUCCGAAUCGACCGUUCCAUUCCGGAGAAGACAUACUGGCAAAAGCUCGCCCUGUGGACCAACACCCCGAUCUCAUUCACCGAGGUAGCAAAGCAUUGCUAUCAACCAUUCCUGAUCUUGUUCCAAAUUCCAGGCGUCUUCUUCAUGGCUGUGGUAUACGGAGUCAUGACAGCCUGCACGACAGUACCCGUGACAACGCUUUCCUCAGUCAUGACGCUACCACCGUACAAUUUUGGCGCAUCUCAGAUCGGACUGAUGGGAAUACCUCCAUUCAUCGGCACGACACUCGGAGCCGUGAUCUGCGGACCCCUGAGUGAUUCAAUCGCGCUCUCUCUCGCCAGGCGAAACAAUGGCAUUUUCGAACCUGAGAUGCGACUCUGGCUUGCCAUCGCGUUCACCCCCUUUGUCCCAGCUGGCCUUUUCAUGUUUGGCAUCGGAUUGAAUGAUGGCUCACAUUGGCUUCUGCCGGCCUUCGGGCUCGGGGUCAGCUCUCUGGGCACAGUCCCUGCCAGUAGUGCUGCAUUGACAUAUCUGACCGAUUCAUAUACCGAGAUCAUCGCCGACUCUGUCGUGGGUGUCACAUUCAUCCGGAACUUGAUCUCGACGAUCUUUAUAUUCGCCCUUCAGCCGUGGUGUGAUAGUGUUGGGCUCUCGUGGUUCUAUGUCAUGUUCGGAUUGAUAUCAACAUUGGUUCUUUUGGGCAACCUGGGGUUCAUCUACUAUGGAAAGAAGCUUCGGGCAAAGCUCGCUGGCACUUAUCAUCAUUACAGUCAGAAACAGCUUGGCACUAGGCCGAAUUAA